AUGAAGGGGCUCCGGCAAGGGGACCCCCUAUCCCCGUACCUAUUCUUAUUGGUCGCCGACUGUCUGGCCAGACUAACUGAAACUGCGAGGAGAAACAAUCAGCUACAAGGCAUCGGACCAUCUGAUGACUGCCAAACGGUGCUCUUACAAUAUGCCGACGACACUAUCUUCUUUUGUGAACCAAGGAAACGUUUUAUGCACAACCUGCUGUUCCUCUGGAACAUAUUCGAAUGGGCCUCUGGCCUCAGCAUCAAUAAGGAGAAAUCGGAACUGUACUAUUUGGGACCCAACCAUCGUAAGGCCACUAGACUUGCUAACAUUUUGGGAUGCCAAGUGGGACGCCUACCGCUUCGCUACCUGGGCCUACCGCUUCACAAUAAACAGCUUCGCAAGGAAGACUGGGCUGUGGUCAUCAAUCGUGUUGAGGCGAGAAUAGAAGGCUGGAAAGCCAAACUACUAUCGCUAGGGGGAAGACUCACGCUCGUCAACUCGGUUCUCACCAACCUGCCACUAUUCUACUUUUCCAUCUUUAGGGCGCCAAAGAAGCCCGGAUCUCCCAAUGUUGGAACUAGAGCGGCUGGAGAUGGCGCUUUAUCUGUCGUGGCUUCACGACCGCUCACUCUACUGAAAGACGCAGACAGCUGUCGCUGCUUAAAGACUUGCUCCGAGACCUCCGACCAUGCGCCAACCAUCACGGACGCUGGGUUGCAUGCCCCGACGAAUCAGCACAUCUGGAAGCUAAAAAUCCCCGUUAAAAUUAAAAUCUUCAUUUGGCUACUCCUUCGGAAAAGAUUAUCCACUGCCGACAGAUUGCUCAUCAGAGGCAUGCAUGUAGACCCGAACUGUGCCUUCUGCGCAGUCCUCACGGAAAGCUGUGACCACCUCUUCAACGAUUGUGUUUAUGUUCGAUUUCUCCUCCUCAAUACGGGAGGACCGGACGCAAACAACGCCAGCUCAGCCGACACUACAGGACUCUGGGCCGAAACUACAGAAAUCCCCGUCGAAUCGUCGAGAAAACAUCGGCUGAUUGUCCUGGCUGCGAUCUGGUGGGUAAUUUGGACGGACAGAAACAACUACGUCUUCAACGGAAAGUCGCCCAAUGUUGCUGGAUCUUUAGAACGUCUCAAACAACUAAUCGACGACUGGACCACAUUGCUCUGA